AACAUUGAGAAAAUGCUCAACUUCACUGAUGUGACAGAGUUUAUUCUUUUGGGACUGACCAGUCAUCAGGAAUGGCAAAUUCUCUUCUUCGUCAUUUUUCUUGUGGUCUACAUUAUCACCUUAGUGGGCAAUAUUGGCCUGAUUUUGUUAAUUAAGGUCAGUCCACAGCUCAGUAGCCCCAUGUACUUUUUUCUCAGUCAUUUGUCAUUUGUGGAUGUGUGGUUUUCAUCCAAUGUUACUCCUAAAAUGUUGGAAAACUUGUUAUCAGAGACAAAAACUAUUUCUUACAAUGGCUGUUUGGUACAGUGUUUCUUCUUCAUCGCCCUUGUCCAUGUAGAAUUUUUUAUCCUUGCUGUGAUGGCCUUUGAUAGAUACAUGGCAAUCGGGAAGCCUCUGCUCUAUGGCAGCAGAAUGUCCAGGGUUGUCUGUGUUCGACUGAUCUCUUUCCCUUACAUAUAUGGUUUUCUGACUAGUCUGGCAGCAACAUUAUGGACUUAUGGUUUAUACUUCUGUGGGAAAAUUGAGAUCAACCACUUCUACUGUGCAGACCCACCUCUCAUCAAAAUGGCCUGUGCUGGGACCUUUGUCAAAGAAUUCACCAUGAUCAUACUUGGAGGCAUUAACCUCUCAUACUCUCUGACUGUAGUUGUCACUUCUUAUCUGUUCAUUCUCAUCGCCAUUCUACGGAUGCACUCAGCAGAAGGGAGGCGGAAGGCCUUUUCCACCUGUGCAUCCCACUUGACAGCUGUCACCAUAUUUUAUGGGACUCUCAUCUUCAUGUACCUCAGACGCCCCACAGAGGAGUCUGUGGAGCAGGGGAAAAUGGUGGCUGUGUUUUACACGACAGUGAUCCCCAUGCUGAACCCCAUGAUCUACAGUCUGAGGAACAAGGAUGUGAAAGGGGCCGUGAACAAAGUGAUGAGCAGAAUAUGUGCAACAAAUUAA